AGAAAUGUAACGACCACUUCUAUGUAAACCUAGUAAUCUUACUGUAUUUUCAUGAACUGUGCACCUUACUUUAAACGACACCCGCUGCGCUGUGUGCACUGGCCCUAAUCUAAUCGGUGGAAGAAUUUUGGCCACGGAAAAUGACAUCAGCUGUAAAGGCCUUGUGGCGCCGUCUCUCCACUAAAGGGGCUAUCCCUCAGGGCAGGAGCAGCCAUGGUUUUGUGAUUAUCAAUCAUCAUGCCUAUGUGUUUGGGGGCGAGAAUUCCCCGAGAGUACCUAUAGGCAGCACCGUACAUUGCCUGGACCUAAACACCCUGGAAUGGAGCGUGAGUCAGCCCAAAGACAAGGAGAGCGAGCCCCCUCCCACUAAUGCCGCGGCCGUGGCGGCCCUGGGGGACAGCAUGUACAUGUUCGGGGGACGGUCGGGAAUCUCCAUGGGGGAGGGGGACAACAACGAUAUGUACACGUUUAACACCUGCAGUAAGGAAUGGCGGAAACUACCCACAACUGGAGACGUCCCCAUGGCCAGGAGCUACCACGCUAUGACGGCGCUAGGUAACGCUCUCUAUGUAUUCGGGGGUUGUACGCAAAAAGGCCGAAUGAACGACCUUUACCGCUUUGACGUUGACACAAACACGUGGGAGAAGCAGCCGGCUUAUGACGUCAUUGAAGGACGUGGCGGCCCGGGGUUGGUUUCGGUAGGUCAUACUCUCUACGUUGUAGCUGGAUUUGCUGGACGAGAAAUGAACGACGUACACGCUUUUGACACGAAGGAAAAAACAUGGCAGACCCUGACAUUCCAUACUGAUUUGCCACCUAGAAGUGUGUUCGGAAUAGGUUCCCAUGGAAACACAAUCAUCGUUGUGUGCGGGGAGGUCGACCCAUCGGAUAAAGGUCACGCUGGUGCAGGACACUUUUCAAAUGAGGCUUUUAUCCUUGACACUGUUAACCCACAAAAUUGGGUCAGGGUUCCCACGGAGGGUGACCAGCCUGAGCCCAGGGGUUGGUUUACCGCAGCUUAUUCUGAUUCCGACAAGAAACUUUACAUUUUUGGCGGGAAUUCUUUAAGCAACGAAAGACUGAAUGACAUUUAUUCCUUUCAACUGUCGCAGGGAUAGAAACUUCAAUUGCUGUAUAUUUAGAAUACAUGUACUUUUUAAAAUGACGCUUUGCUUCACAUAACAUAUCAACGACCACUUUGUCAAAGAAUGCUUGGUUUAACAAAAAAUGUAUACAACGUAUAUUGAACUUUUAAACUUUUAAAGAUAUUGAUAUACAUAAUAGACUGUUAUCCAUGAUAGAUCAAUAAACAUUAUAAUCAAA